ACACAAAGUUUAUGAAUCCUGUCGUUUUCAUUGAUUCUGCGUUCCGUACAACGCCUAAUAUUAUUUCAAAAUCGUGGCUCGUCAAACCGGUUCAAAGCAUUUUUUUUUGCUCUUUCAUGUCAAAACUUGUGUUCGUUGACAGCGUCUGGCGUAAAACAGCCUGCCAAACUUAGUCACGAAUGAAUAAAGCAAACAGAUUGGACGAAUAAAAAAAACGAACUAAAAUUUCAUGCAACCCAAGACCAUCCUAACUACAGCGCGCGCGCUGCGCAACCCUCCACAGGUUGAAGGCGAGUCGAUGGCUCGCGGCACCGGUUCUGGGGGAGGGGACUUUUAUGCCGUCAUAAACAAACCCUCACGACAACGUUUGAUAAAGCAAUACUUCUUUCGGGCCUCCAGCUGUCAAUCAAGAUAAAUGGUCUCUUUAAAACCCCGAUCAGGUCCGAGGCAUCGUAGGAUUCAGGUCGCUGUCAGUCGCGAAAGGACCCGCGUCUGUAGUGUAAAAGCAAGCGCACACUUGUCACCCCGUGGAUGAGGAGUUUUGUUGACUCCAGUGGACUAAGGUACGCAAAAUGCAGAGGCGCACGUAAACUGCGUUGGAUUGCGGUACAUGUCUUUCGCGGUGUAAAGCGCUCGUCAAAAAGAAGUGUAUUUGCCGUAUCCUCUCCUAUAAAUAGAAGCAAAGGUGAUCGCUCCGAGCAAGGAUUCAGUGAGAUAAGCGCGUACUGAGACUGAAAUGGAUCUGAAAGCGCUGGGCUGCGUACUGCUCUUACCUAUUCAGAUAGUCUACUAUAUUGUCAAGGCGAGCGUGAGCUGCUUCCUACCGAGCAGGCGAAGAGAUCUGACCGGAGAUGUGGUUCUUAUCACUGGUGGCGGACGGGGCAUCGGUCGGCACCUGGCUAAGGAGUUUGCCAAGCGUGGAGCUAAAAAGCUAAUCCUGUGGGGGCGAACGGAAAAAUGCCUGAAGGAGGCUUGCGAGGAGAUCACCACAAUGGGAACAGAGUGCCAUUACUUUGUUUGCGAUGUGGCCAACAGAGAAGAAGUUUACAAGCAAGCCAAGGUUGUGAGAGAAAAGGUGGGAGAUGUUACCAUUCUAGUGAAUAAUGCUGCAGUAGUGCAUGGGAAGAGUUUGCUUGACAGUGAUGAUGAUGCGCUUUCAAAGACACAGCAUAUCAACACACUGGGACAGUUUUGGACCACAAAAGCCUUCCUGCCUCGGAUGCUGGAACUGCAAAACGGCCAUGUUGUCUGUCUCAACUCUAUCCUUUCUCAGUCGCCCAUCCCUGGUGCUAUAGACUACUGCACCUCAAAAUCAUCCUCUUUGGCCUUCAUGGAAAGCCUCACACUGGGUUUGCUGGACUGUCCUGGGGUGGGCUGCACCACUGUCCUUCCAUUCCACACCAACACUGAAAUGUUUCAGGGCAUGAGAGUCAGGUUUCCCAAAAUAUUCCCUCCUUUAAAGCCAGAGGUGGUGGCCCAGAGAACCGUGGAUGCUGUCAGGACCAAUAAGGCCUUUGUUUAUCUACCAUGGACAAUGAAUUUGCUUGUAAUACUCAAAAGUAUCCUGCCGCAGUGUGCCCUUGAAGAAAUCCAUAAGUUCUCUGGAAGCUAUACCUGCAUGAAUACUUUCAAGGGACGGACAUGAGCGGAUCUAGAAAUGCCACAGGAUUUCCAACUGUUACAUUUUCAAACAAACUGUUUCAUAGUUGAACAACAACAAUGGCAAUCUAAAGAAAAUGAGGACGUUCUCAUGGAGUCUACCAGAGGCAGCGAGUAAAAGCGAGAACAGUUAAAAGGAUACAAUGUCGCACUGGAGAACAGGAUUCCUCAUUUCAAGAACAUUUGCAUGUCCCCUUUGACCUCAAACAUGGAAGGAACAUGCCUCAACUGACCUCUUUUCUGUAUGUGUACUUAGCUUUUUAAUAUUUCACAUUUUAAAUACUGUCAAUGUAAAUUCAGCAUCUGAAUAAAAGGCUGUUUUAACGCCUAUUAUAGGUAUUUUUAAAUUAGCGAUUUACAGGCUCACAAAGUGAAUCUGUGGGCAGAUAAGCCUACAGCAGACUUCGUGACAGGACCUCGGUCAACAUGCCUUUUAAGGCCGAGCUCUGUAAAUUGCUCUUGGGCGCUUUAAACUCAGCAACACAACUCCCAUCUGACCCGGUUCUCGAGCACGUAGUCUGGCUCUUUCCUCCUGUCAGAAACAUUCAAGAGUAAAAAUAAAAUGUCAACACUGCUUUA